AUGAAGGACUCCGAAACAGUCGUCAAGGAAUUCAACGAGAUCGUCAACAUGACGGCCUCGGAGCUGGAAAAGUGGCUCAAGUCGGACGACUCGCGCAGCGCAGGCUGGCCCAAGGACGACGGCGAGCACGAUGGCGAGUCCGUGGGCCACGACAGCGGGCGCAAGAUUGUCGAGAUUCUCAAGAGCAACCCCGACAAGAAGGAGGACAGGUACACCGACGAGCAGAUUCAGCACAUGCGCAAGGUCGUUUCGUACUGCAAACGACAUCUCGCGCAGGAGGAGAAGAGCAAUGACCAAAAGUCCGCUGAAGAGGUCAAGAAGACUAAGAGCUACGCCUCGCUCAAGAACUGGGGUCACGAUCCUCUGAAGAAGAGGGGCGAGGCCGGUAGCAGCGGCAGCAAGGAAGAUGUCAAGGAAGAAGCGGACGAAGAAGAGGAGGAGGAGGCUGCAGACGACGAAGAUAUCGAAGAAGAGGACGCCGACGAAGACAGCGCCCAAGAGGAGAGGCAAGCGGGCGACAAGCGAAAGAAGAGUGCUGGCGCACAGUCUGGUGCCAAUAAGAAGCGCGAGACACGUCAGAGCAAGGCGCCCAAUGGCAACAAGAAUGAUGAGAAGGAGAACGACGAGAAGGAGAACGACGAGAAGGAGAACGACGAGAAUGAAGAUGCCGAAGACGGUGUCUACAGCGAGGAAGAGGGCGAGGACAAGAGCACGGGCAAGAAGCCCAAGAAGGGCCCCCAGCCCGGUGACACGGUGAGCUGGAACUGGGGCAACGGCAACCCAGAGGGCAAAGUCCUCGAUGUGAAGGCCGAGAAAACGUCUGUCACGACGAAGCGCGGAAACGAGGUGACGCGCGACGGUAAUCCGGAGGAUCCUGCUGUUGUGCUGGACACGGGCAAAUCCAAGGCGAUCAAGUCGAACCACGAGCUGAACUAG